GUAAAAAUUGCACCCCCACCGGGUAGUGCGAUGUAUUCCAAACCUACGCUAAAACCUAAAUUAAAAAAAUAGUUUCCAAACAGGCCCCUUUUGGAAACUGCGCUGAUAUUACGCAAACGGCAAACUGCCGUCCAGUGCAUCAUCAUUUUCCUUCAAAAUUCAAGUGCCCAACUAAACCAAAUCUUAAAAAAUCCAAAUUCCAGAAACCAUGGAGACAGACAUCCCUGUUCCAGAACAAGAUCAAUCCUCCCCAACUCCCAAACACAUUUUCAUCCUCUCAGGCCAAAGCAACAUGGCUGGUCGAGGCGGCGUCUCCAAGCACCACCACUGGGACGGCGUCGUCCCACUAGACUGUCAGCCGCACCCUUCCAUCCUCCGCCUCAGCUCCAAGCUCAAGUGGGAGCAGGCGCGAGAGCCGCUUCACUACGACAUUGAUACCCGCAAGAUCUGCGGAGUGGGCCCCGGAAUGUCGUUCGCCAAUGCUGUGAGGGAGCAGCUGGGGAGCGACUGCGUGGGGCUGGUGCCGUGCGCCGUGGGUGGCACCGCCAUCAAAGAAUGGGCUCGUGGGCAACAUUUGUAUGAGAGUAUGCUGAAGAGAACCAAAGAGAGCUUGAAGAGUAAAGGGGAGAUCAAGGCUGUGCUUUGGUACCAAGGGGAGAGCGAUACGUCGUCGCAGCACGAUGCUGAAGCCUAUAAGGGAAAUAUGGAGAGGUUGAUUCAUAAUGUGCGUGAGGAUCUGGGCUUGCCUUCGCUUCCAGUAAUUCAGGUUGCAAUUGCAUCGGGGGAUGGGAGGUACAUGGAGAAAGUGAGGGAAGCACAGAUGGGGAUCAACCUGCCAAAUGUAGUAUGUGUGGAUGCCAAAGGGUUGACUCUCAAAGAGGAUCACCUUCACUUAACAACUGAGGCCCAGGCUAAGUUGGGGCACAUGUUGGCUGAUGCUUUUCUUAUCCAUUGUAAUGCUGCUCCAUCACAAUCAUCUUCCCUUGCUUGACUCCAAUCCAAGGGAGUGUGAAAUCCAAAGUACCUAAUCCCAAGGUUUCAUUAUCUUGUUGUUCCAUUUGCUUCUUUGAUGUUGAACUCGUAGUUUUCUAUUUGCUCCACUGUGCCUCUGGAUGUUUGCCAUCAUCUGCCUUUCCAUCUAGCUAGGGAUCUUGAAGAUGAAGCAUGAGAGCCCAAAUUAUGAAUUUGAGAAAUGUGAGUUAAAUUCGAAUUUUGCUAUCUAUUGAAGUCGACUCUCAGUUCUGAUUGGAUUUGUGAUAAUCAUAUAAGGAAGCGUAAUGUGAACUCAUAAUCUUUUUACAUGCUUUGGUUUGAUGUCAUCUAAGGAAGCUGGCUGUUCUUUCAAUUUUCAAUUGACAGAAGAGUAUAAUGACUUGUUAAAAUCUUGAGAUAGCAGAUUUUUUUAA